UUCUAGACAAAGCAAAUAAAUAACGUUGUCUCAACACAACACCAGAUUGUGAAAUUCACGUGUUCGUUGAACUGGGGUAGCACAUUCGAAAUAUCAGCUGUCUAUAACAUGUAAAUAGUGAUUUAUUAGCAACAUAAUAACGCUUAUGAAAUGGGGAAGAAGAAACAAGCAGUGAAUCUGGGAAAGAGUCUGAUCAGUAAUAGAUUUGGAAAACGCAAACCUGCAUCGCGAGGGACGGAUCGAGAAAACUUCCUUCAUACCAGUGAACUCCAGGAUGGCUAUGAUUGGGGGCGUCUUAACCUUCAGUCUGUGACAGAACAGAGUAACCUCGAGGAUUUCCUCAGCACAGCAGAACUUGCUGGCACAGAGUUCACUGCAGAGAAGCAGAACAUAACAUUUGUAGAUAGGAACCAACCAUCAGGAUUGUUAAGUGCUGAAGAGCAAAAAGAAAUUGAAGAACUGCAACAAAAACAUAGAAAUGUGCUCAAAAUUCCUAGAAGGCCUGCCUGGAACAGCACCACAACACCAGAGGAAUUGGAUCGCCAAGAAAAAGAUGCAUUCCUGGAGUGGAGAAGGUCCUUAGCCAGGUUACAAGAAAUAGAGGGUAUUGAACUGACCCCUUAUGAGAAAAAUCUUGACUUCUGGCGUCAACUUUGGAGGGUUAUCGAAAGAAGUGAUGUAAUUGUACAGAUCGUAGAUGCCAGAAAUCCAUUGCUGUUUCGCUGUGAAGAUCUGGAAGCUUAUAUCAAAGAGGUAGAUCCAAACAAACAAAAUUUGAUUCUAAUCAACAAGGCAGACUACCUCACUGCACCUCAAAGAGAGUUGUGGUACCAGUAUUUUAAGGAGAGAGGAGUACAGGUGGCGUUCUGGUCAGCUUUAGAAGAGACUGCACGCCAAAAUGAGGAGAAAGAAAAGGAAGAAAUGGAUGAGUUAAACAAAGAAAGUGAGGAAGAAGAUGAUGAGAGUGAUGAUGGUGAUGAUGAUGAGGAAGAGGAUAUCACUGAAAGACUUCAAAACCAAAUAAAUGAAGAAUCUAGUGAAAUGAUGGACAGACAGCAGGAGGAUUGUAGUGUGAGUGGUGAGGGCAUGGACAAGGAAUGUGUGACCACUGAAACAGAAAAGGACAUGGAUACAGGUACUGCUGAUGAUGAUAGUGAAAACAGCCAGUCACAGAAAACCACAGACUUGGGUAAAGCAAGAACAGUUACCAUGGAAACAGAUUUGACAGACAAUGAUGCAAAAAGAUUUACGGACGAUACUCAGGAUGGUGCUACAGGCGGUGAUUGUGAUAACUGUUGUGAAAGUGUCAAAUCCUCCAACUGUUCAGAAGGUGGAGGGAAAAUUCUGAAUGGAUUAGAAUUACUUGAUUUGUUUAGGACUCUGCAUACUGGAAAAAAGCACACAGAAGGACAGACAACUAUGGGAAUGGUUGGUUAUCCAAAUGUUGGUAAGAGUUCCAGUAUCAAUGCUAUUCUGAGGACUAAGAAGGUUCCUGUGUCUGCCACUCCAGGGAGGACUAAACAUUUCCAGACACUGUUUGUGGAAUCAGACCUGAUGCUGUGUGACUGUCCAGGGCUUGUCUUCCCCUCCUUUGUCUCCACCAAGGCUGAUUUAGUGGUCAAUGGGAUUCUUCCUAUUGACCAGAUGCGGGACCAUGCGCCUCCUACAUCUCUCAUAUGUCAACUGAUCCCAAAAUCUAUACUGGAGGAGACUUACUCCAUUAACCUACCAGAGCCAGCAGAAGGGCAGGAUCCCAACCGAUGUCCAACGGAACGAGAGCUUCUCAAUGUGUAUGGAUACAUGCGAGGGUACAUGACGGCUAAUGGACUUCCUGAUUGCCCAAGAACAUCCAGAUACAUCCUCAAAGAUUUCGUGAAUGGUAAACUUCUGUACUGUAACCCCCCACCUGAUGUUGAUGAGGAGACAUUCCAGCCCACACGCACCAUUUCUUCCUCAAAGAAGAGAGCCGCUGAUCAUGGUCCUAUGUCUGUUCCAAGCAGACUGGACAAGGAGUUCUUUGCCAAACCUGCUCCCAAGAUUCAUGCUAAAGGUGUCAGAAAUGUAAAAAACUACACACGGAUCGAAGGUCUGAACCAGGUAGGAGCUGAAUCGAGCGUGGAGUCCAGCGACACCUCAUCUGAUCAUGGCAGCAUGCAGACACUCAUUGUGGAUAAACCCUGGAAGAGACACCACAACAGGGGAAAGAAGGAAAAACUAAGGAAAACAUUCAGUCAUCACGAUGAUGUUGGGAAAUACUAAAUUUACAAAUGACUUGAUGUAUUUUAAGAAUUAACAAAAAAUACACUCGUAGACCUUUAAUUCUUUCCCAAUCAUGUCAUCAUAAAGACAGUGAGGGGUUAUCAAGGAGCAGUACUGAAUUCCAACUUUGUGAUAAAAAGAUGAACAACGUUGGAAUUGUUAUUUUAAGUCAUGCAUGAUAAAAAGAUAAUUUGCAGACAUUGACAGAUUUGAAUUUUGGAAAUGUUUAUUGUAAAUGAAAUCACACUGCAACAUUUAAAAAUCACCCAUGUUUAAAGACAGUGUUAUGCAGAUAUUUGUUAUGAAAUUUUUGACAGAAAUAUUUGUUGGCUAUGCAGGAAAUGGAAAAUAAAUAUUUUAAAGGUCAAUGAUUGAUCGUGAUUGUAUUUUUAACAUACCUGGCCAACCUAAAGGUUAAAAGCAUGUGAUGUCUUAACAAUUACAUUCAAUUAAAUUCAGAAUAAAAAUAAA